CCAGUCUUAUCUGAAUUUUUUAAAUUGUUUUUAGUGUUGGGACAGUGUUGACUGUUACUGAGAUUCAACUAGUCGUAUAUGAUUUUGAAUAGUACAAGUUCUAAGGAAAUAAUAAUUAAUUCAAAUCCAAUCCUUGCUUCGUAUAUCCUUGAGAAUUCAAAAUACAAUGUUUCACAGAAAAAGAAAGUAUGAUAAGAUUAAAUUCUUAGGAGAAGGUCAAUUUGCCACAGUCUUUAAAGCUAAAAAUUUACAAACAGGAAGCAUAGUAGCAGUAAAAAAAAUUAAAAUUGGUAGUAAACAAGAAGUACAAGAUGGAGUUAAUCGAACAGCAUUGCGUGAAAUAAAAUUAUUACAAGAAUUAAACCAUGAGAAUUUGAUGUGCUUACUCGAUGUUUUUGGCCACAUAUCUAAUAUAUCAUUGGUGUUUGAUUUUAUGGACACUGAUUUAGAGGUAAUAAUCAAGGAUAAUACAUUAAUUCUCACUACAGCUCAUAUAAAAUCUUACAUUAUACAAACUCUUCAAGGAUUAGAAUACUUACAUAUGAAUUGGAUGCUACACAGGGAUCUUAAACCCAAUAAUUUAUUGGUUAAUGCUGAUGGUGUCCUCAAAAUUGGUGAUUUUGGAUUGGCAAAGUUAUUUGGCUCUCCAUCUAGACUUCUAACACAUCAAGUAGUUACUAGAUGGUAUAGGGCUCCAGAACUCUUAUUUGGAGCUAAACAAUAUGGAACAGGAGUUGAUAUGUGGGCUGUAGGCUGCAUUUUAGGGGAAUUAUUAUUGAGAGUACCUUUGUUUCCUGGCGAAUCAGACCUAGACCAAUUGACGAAAAUUUUUACAGUAUUUGGAAACCCAACAGAAGAAAACUGGCCAGGAUUGAAAUCGCUGAUUGAUUAUAUUGAAUUCAAACCAUUUAUUCCAAUUCCACUGAAAAAUAUUUUUACUGCUGCUGGAGAUGAUUUACUGGAUGUUCUUGAAAAUAUUUUAUAUUUAAAUCCUUUGAAGAGAAAGACUUGUACACAGUGUUUACAAAUGCCUUUCUUUUCCAAUAAACCAGCUCCUACACCUGGAUCUAAGUUACCAUUACCACAGAAAGUAAGAAGUACUGUAGAAGCAGAACCAAAUGCACUUAAAAGAAAAUUAGCUAAUGAUAGUUCUGUUGGUCCAACAUUGGCAAAAAGGUUAUUUUUUUAACUUGAGAGAUGUAAUUUGAUUCAAUUUUGAUUUCCUAAAUAAAAUAUUUUCCACCUUUAAAUUGUGAUUGAAAAGAUUAGUCUAAUGAAUAAUAAUGGUCAAUAAAUUAACUAUAUGUAAAUUUAAAUAAUAAUGUUCAUUAUUUUUUUAUGAAGGUAAUAUCUAUUAAUUUAAAGUGAUAUAUUUUGGUGAAUUGUAAAAGAAAUUAGAGAAUAAUUUUGAUUUCAUGCUCAACAGUUUUAAUGCAAUGUUAUUAAUUUUAUAUUUAGUACUGAUGGAUGGCUCAUGAACUUUACAUAAAUCAGUAUUUAGUAAUCUUUUUUUAACAAAAUUACAAAAUGUAUAAAGGGCAACCCAUUAAAUUCAUGGAGAGUAUAUUGAAUUUGUCAAUAAACAGUGAAUAAUGUAUUAUAUGUAUAUUUAUACUUUGUGUAGUUUAUUAAAAUUUAAUGGAAAAUGUUGUUAAGAUAGUAAUGAAAAAUAAAUUAGGUUUCUCAAAAAACUUAUGAAAAAUAAAAAUAUAUUUGACUUGCAUUUGAAGGUAUGAAUAGAUAUAUCAUUGACUUCAGUUCAAAAAUAAUGAAGUAAUAAUAUUGUUCAGAAAUACUUCUAUAAAUUUUUGUAAUAUAAUUCAAUACACAGGAUAAAUUAUA